AUGUCAACAAAUCAAGAACAAGAAGAACAAUAUAUUCAAAUUGGUGGUCGUAAUUCCAAACUUGCAGUAGUUCAAUCUGAAUCAGUAAGAGCUUUACUUGAGUCUAAAUUCCCAUAUCUCACAACCUCGAUAUUGUCUCUUUCGACUCUCGGAGAUCAAAACCAAUCACAGCCAUUAUACACAUUUGGCGGAAAAUCAUUAUGGACUAAAGAAUUGGAGAUUUUAUUGGUGGAUAAAGUAGGUGAAUUUCCAAAGUUGGAUCUUAUUGUGCAUUCCCUUAAGGAUAUUCCUACCAAUUUACCCGAUGAAUUUGAACUUGGAUGUAUCACCAAACGAGAAGAUCCUAGAGAUGCUUUGGUGAUGAAAGCUGGAUCCAAAUAUAAAACAUUAAGUGACUUACCUGCUGGAAGCAUUGUUGGAACUAGUUCAAUCAGACGUUCGUCGCAAAUGACCAGAGCUUACCCACACUUGAAGUUCGAGUCAGUUAGAGGGAAUAUCCAGACAAGAUUAGGAAAGUUAGAUAAACCAGAAAAUGAAUAUACCUGUUUAAUAUUGGCCAGUGCCGGUUUAAUUAGACUUGGGUUGGGAGAUAGGAUAACCAGCUAUUUGGAUGAGAUGUAUUACGCUGUGGGACAAGGUGCUUUAGGUAUUGAGAUCAGAAAAGGGGACAGCAAAAUAAAGAAGAUGUUGAAGGCUAUUGCAGACUAUGAAACUACUAUUUGCUGUCUUGCAGAACGUUCAUUAAUGAGAUACUUGGAAGGAGGAUGUUCUGUGCCAUUAGGAGUUAAGAGUAAAUACGACCAAAAUACCAAGGAAUUGAACUUGAAAGCUAUUAUAGUCAGUCCUGAUGGAACCAAGGCCAUCGAAGAUGAAGCUACUAAAAUAAUCACAUGUAUGAACGACUGCGAAACACUUGGAGUUGAAUUGGGAGAUAGAUUGCAAAAGAAAGGAGCUGAUGAAAUUUUACAAAGUAUUGAUUUAACAAGAAAUAUAAAUGCAAGACCAACUGAAAUCGAAAAUUACAAUAUUCAAAUUGGUGGACGUAGUUCAAAACUUGCAGUUGUUCAAUCUGAAUCCAUAAGAGAUCUUCUCAAAUCGAAAUUCCCAUCUAUUACCACUUCGAUAUUAUCACUUUCCACACUUGGGGACCAAAUCCAAACUCAACCUUUGUAUUCCUUCGGUGGCAAGGCUUUAUGGACUAAAGAAUUGGAGAUCUUGCUAGUUGAUAAAGUUGCCGAAUUUCCAAAAUUGGAUCUUAUAGUUCAUUGCCUUAAAGAUAUGCCAACUAAUUUACCUGAUGAAUUCGAACUUGGAUGUAUCACCAAACGAGAAGAUCCUAGAGAUGCAUUGGUAAUGAAAGCUGGAUCCGAAUAUAAGGCAUUAAGCGAUUUGCCUGCUGGAAGCAUUGUUGGAACUAGUUCAAUCAGACGUUCGUCGCAAAUGAUCAGAGCUUACCCACACUUGAAAUUUGAGUCAGUUAGAGGGAAUAUCCAGACAAGAUUAGGAAAGUUAGAUAAACCAGAAAAUGAAUAUACCUGUUUAAUAUUGGCCAGUGCCGGUUUAAUUAGACUUGGGUUGGGAGAUAGGAUAACCAGCUAUUUGGAUGAGAUGUAUUACGCUGUGGGACAAGGUGCUUUAGGUAUUGAGAUCAGAAAAGGUGACAAUAGAGUUAAGAAGAUGUUGAAAGCAAUUGAUGAUCAUGAGACAACCGUUUGUUGUCUUGCCGAACGUUCAUUAAUGAGAUAUUUAGAAGGAGGAUGCUCUGUUCCAUUAGGUGUCAAGAGUAAAUACGACGAAGUUACAAAGGAAUUAAACUUGAAAGCAAUCAUAGUUAGUCCCGAUGGAACCAAGGCUAUUGAAGACGAAGUGACAAAAACUGUCGCAUGUAUCGAUGACUGUGAGACAGUAGGGGUCGAAUUAGGGGAUAAAUUGAAAAACAAAGGAGCUGAAGAGAUUUUACGUACUAUGGAUUUGACAAGAAAUAUCAAUGCAAGACCAACAGAGGUGUAA